AUGUCUGGACACUUUUUCUUUACUUCUGAGUCUGUCGGUGAGGGUCACCCUGACAAAAUCUGCGAUCAGGUUUCUGAUGCCAUUUUGGACGCCUGCUUGACCGCAGACCCUCUUUCCAAGGUUGCCUGUGAAACUGCCUCUAAGACCGGUAUGAUCAUGGUGUUUGGUGAGAUCACCACCAAGGCCAACUUGGACUACCAAAAGAUCAUCAGAGAUACCAUUAAGCACAUUGGAUAUGAUGACUCCGACAAAGGUUUCGAUUAUAAGACAUGUAAUGUUCUGGUCGCUAUCGAGCAACAAUCUCCAGACAUUGCUCAAGGUUUGCACUAUGACAAGGCCUUGGAGGAGCUUGGAGCCGGUGACCAGGGUAUCAUGUUCGGUUACGCCACCGACGAGACGGACGAGAAGCUGCCAUUGACCAUCCUGCUGGCCCAUAAGCUGAACGCCGCUCUUGCUGACGCCAGAAGAUCCGGUGCUCUUCCAUGGUUGAGACCAGACACCAAGACCCAGGUCACUAUCGAAUACAAGCAUGACGGUGGCGCUGUUGUGCCGUUGAGAGUCGAUACCGUCGUUAUCUCAGCUCAGCACUCUGACGACAUUUCCACUGAGGACCUCAGAUCCGAGAUCAAGAAACACAUUGUUCACAAGGUCAUCCCUUCUCACCUGCUAGACGACAAGACCAUCUACCACAUUCAACCUUCUGGUAGAUUUGUCAUUGGUGGUCCUCACGGAGAUGCUGGUCUGACCGGUAGAAAGAUCAUUGUCGACACUUACGGAGGAUGGGGUGCCCACGGUGGUGGUGCCUUUUCUGGAAAGGACUUUUCGAAGGUCGACAGAUCUGCCGCCUACGCCGCCAGAUGGGUUGCCAAGUCUUUGGUCAACGCUGGUCUUGCCAGAAGAUGUCUGGUGCAAUUCUCGUACGCUAUCGGUGUGGCCGAGCCUCUUUCGAUCUACAUUGACACGUACGGAACCUCCAAGCUUUCCUCGGAGGAGCUGGUCGCCAUUGUGAACAAGAACUUCGACCUGAGACCAGGUGUCUUGGUCAAGGAGCUUGAUCUGGCUAGACCAAUCUACUUCAAGACUGCCUCGUACGGUCACUUCACUGACCAGUCCAACCCUUGGGAGCAACCUAAGAAACUGGUUUUAUAGACAGAGAAAUAACUCUCUUACGCUCAACUCGUACACGUUAAUGAUCAGCUGUGGCUUGUGUUUGGAUUGCAUUAUAAUGUAUAUUUACCUUUCAACAGGAAGUGAAAUAAAAAAAUACGUAAAGCGACGCGUCGAAUUUCUCCCAAUUAAUCUGAUAUCUGCCAUGUCGCAGAAGUCCGUCGAUAUCUUGCGUGUGCGAGACUUACCAGUCACCACGUUUACCAGGAAACGAAUCAUGGGGCUUGUCAUAGGCAUCACGACCCGUGAUAGGCCCACCAAGCCGAUUGUGGUGCACAUGACGGACUUUUCUCCAAAUCCAUCUGUCGCGCCAUCUGAGAUGAACUACGCUAAUUGUGACCCGCCCUUGUUCGAUGCUCCUGAACAGGCCGACAGCAUCAUUGAUGUGGCAUUCUAUCCCGAGUCAGUGACUCAUCUAAAGCGCAUCUUUGGUGAGAAGGUGAAUUCCUCAUGGUUCGAUAACAGGAUCGCUUCGUUUUACCCGCUUUAUCAGCACGCGACGGUGAUCUCACUGCGGCUGAGGUCUAAGAAGUGGGGCGACCAGAUUGAUCUGAUUGCUGACCCUGGUUUUUCUGACAACUGUUACAGUCAGAUCUGGCCCGUGAGUACUCUUGAAGCCAGAGACAAUCCUGCAGCAGAGACGAUAUUCGACCCGAACGAGAACAACUGUGCCUUGGCGCGGGAGGUCUUCCGCGACUGGCAGCUACAAUGUAGUGCCUAUUUUAGGUCCAACCCGAAGAUCAAACAGGUUGUGGGUGACCUUUACGAGUCAGUCACUAGUAAGACAUAUUCACCGCCACAAAAACAGCACCGCCACACGUCACCUGAGCAGUUCUCAGAUACGGGUUUUCUGAGCGACAUGGUAAGCUCUGACGACGAGGCCCCCCCAAAGAAAGCGUACAAAAAGGGAAUCCCUGUCAAGCAGAGCAGACAUGUCAAGGACACGCUGAACGUGACUUUCCCUGUCUCGCAAAUUCCGCUAGCUGACUACUCGGGAGCGUAUUUCAUCUAUGUGCAGAUAAUGCGGCUGGAGACACGCACGCCCGAUCUCAUCUACAAAAGCUUCCCCGAGAAUACGAUAAUGACAAAAGCAAUCGACGUCCUGGUGAAGGAGGUGGACUCGGCUGCAACGUUGCGAAUCAGAGUGGAAGGCUACGAUCUUUUCCGGUUUGCAGGCAUCACGUUUAGAUACCCGCUAUUAGACAUGACAGCGGCGGAAGCCGAAACCGCAAAAAAAUUGGCAGCCCUGGUCCAUAAGCCGCUGCGCAUGUUGGUGAAGCCCUACGCGUUGCCCCUGGAGGCAGCAACGGUCAACACGGGGCGAUGCUACAGAUGGCUGUAUACAGAGUAUCCGUAAACUGUAGCCUAAUCUA